AUUUGAUCAACAAUUCUGUCUCUCUUUGCUGCUUUAUUUUUAUGUCUAUUUGGGGCAAUAUACCAGUAUUGGCUAGUUCAACGCUAAAAUGAACCAAGCAAAACCUUUUCUUGAUCAUCGAGCAAUUUCUGGUCUCCCCAAUGUUCUUAGCUCGAGGGACGGUGAUUUUAUUACCAACACAGCCUUGUCUGCGCCAUGGGCUUUUCUUCAUCCAACAAACAAGCUUCAUGCCCAAUCGGUCGAGCUUUCCAAAUAUAUAGUCGAUGCGCUUGCCUCUUCGGUUUGUGCUUCUCAGGGUGCUCGCCAGCAAAACAAUAGGAAACGCAAGAGACCGGCAUUUGACAAAGAUAACGAGAAUUAUAUCCUGCAACUGAAACAAUUAUAUGUGGAUGGUUUCUCUUCCGAUCAGAUAUGGGAGCAGGCUUUGAGAAUACUGGAUUCUGCCAGUCAAGAAAUCGAACAGGACUGUGCUCGGAACGCGUCUUUGCUCUAUGCGCAGAUUCCCGCAACUCGUCCCAACAACGUGGACCUUGAACCCGACGAAUGGUCAAACGAUGACUCAAAUACCCCUUCCGGAGAUGAUGCAAACCGAACAAGUGGUGUUCUCAGGGAGGAAAGCGAGGAAUCAGUAGUGGUUUCAGACGCAUUAUCACACCCAGGCUCUGAACCCAAUAGUUCUGCUGAUGAGUUGGACGACGGUGUUUCAGAAGAUGCAGGAAGCAUAAAAAACGGCAGCCAAAGUGCACAGGAUACAUAUACGCAAGACCCUUUCAAUCUCAACGAUGGCUUCUUCUCAAUCGAUGAGUUCAACAAGCAAUCUGAGGCAUUCGAGAGACAGGAUGCCAGGGGUGGGCCAGAUGAUGAUGCCGAGAGUGAUGAGGAAGAGAUUAAUUGGCAUUCUAAUCCAUUGGUCUCUGCAGGCUCAUUCACAAGCUCCAAACAUGAUCCCGGCACCGAAAAUGGAAGUUCACAUGAGGAGAGCGACGAAGAGGGACCGACAUUUGGCCAGAUGGAUGUCGAUAAUGAGCUGAGCUCGGAGGGCGGCAGCGAUUUCGGUGACUCGAAUGACAACGGCUGGGUCAACACAAGCGAUAUCAAGUAUUCCGACUUCUUCGCACCGCCUCCUCGCAAGGCCAAAGGCAAGGCAUCCCGCCCCCUGCCAAAAACGCAACCGCGUGAAACGAUUGACGACAGCGAGAUAGAUCGCGCGAUGGCUGAUGCGCGCCGCGAUUUGUUCGACGACGAAAGUUCAGCUGGCGAAAUGGACGCCUCUGACAACGAAUCAAGCAAUGCUCAAGGUCAGCGUUCAACCCAUGAGAAGAGGCGUGCGCAAAUUGCGGAUGAGAUUCGUCGUCUAGAAGCUGCCAAUGUUGCCAAGAAGGAAUGGAUGCUUGGGGGCGAGGCCAGGGCAGUCGAAAGGCCCGUGAACUCUCUCAUCGAGGAGGAUAUGGAAUUUGAAAGAGUUGGGAAGCCAGUGCCAGUUGUCACUGCGGAGGUCUCAGAGGACAUUGAGGAGCUUGUCAAGCGUCGGAUUCUUUCACGAGAGUUCGAUGAGAUCAUCCGUCGACACCCUGGCGUUUCAGAUACACGAGAUGCAAGGAGAGGGCGAUUUGAAUUGGAUGAUGCCAAACCCCAGCAGAGUCUGGCUGAGCUUUAUGAGACGGAUCACCUUCGUGCGACAGACCCGAAUUAUGUCGAUCCAAAGGAUCGAAAAUUGGUGCGAGAGCAUACUGAGAUCUCUAAUUUGUGGAAGGAGAUAGGCUCCCAGUUGGACACCCUCUCAAACUGGCACUAUAAACCAAAAGCUCCACAGCCAAGUAUCAACGUGGUUACUGAUGUGGCAACAAUCUCCAUGGAGGAUGCGCGGCCAACAGCAUCCAGUACCGCUACUGAUACAGUCACUCUUGCGCCACAGGAAAUAUACACUCCCGGUGGCGAUAGCAAGGCUGCCGGUGAACUGGUGUUGAAAAACGGGGUGUCGGUUUCAAAGGAAGAGAUGACGCGAGAAGACAAGGCUAGGCUUCGGCGGCAGAACAAGAAACAGAAGAAAUCUGGAACUGAUCACUCCAAGCCGACGUCCGGGAAAGCAGCUGAGAGACAACAGGUCGUGUCUGAUUUAAGAAAGGGCGGCGUCAAGGUUAUUGGAAAGCAGGGUGAGGUUACUGACAUCCAGGGCAACAGGGUUUCAGAAAUGAAUUCCGGGAGCCGAGGGAAGGGGGCGGAUAUGUUAAAGCUUUAGGGAUCAGAUGCUUUUAGACGACCACGGUGGAGUUUUUGUUGCAUAUGUUGAUUCAGUUCCAUGCCCGGAUACCUUCUAUACAUGUAUAUCUAUCUAUAUCCCCCGGGAAAAAAACCCCGCCCUCUGGAGCCUGUAUGUUCACGUA